GUGUCGCAUUUCCAUGACCAACAGAUUCAGUAUUAAGCCGCAGCUGCAUACAUCAGAGACAUGGAAGCCCAAGACAGAAAGACAGGGUGACGGCGGCUCAACAGGCAAGAACUUCACUCUGCGCUAAACCGAUUCGAGCGACCGAGCAGCAGCAGGCUGCCGACAGUCCAAUGUGGAGAUUUCUGAACCCUAGGCUACAUACAUUUUCCCGAAAAACCACACGACAUCGCAGCCGGCCAUUUCCCCGUUCCUUGCAGACAGAUAUCAACAGCUCGCUAUGGGAAGCUUGCCCGAAAGAAAGUUUCUCCAUGGUGGAGAGUCCAGCGCCCGCCGACCCAUUGAUCCGCCGUUCAUGGCCCUGGUCAUAGUCGCGGCAAAACGUGCGCCCGACAGUCACAACGCACACUCUGUCAACACGGCUGAAAGCCAUCAGGAAUAACCCACGCAGACGAGUCUAAAAACUACUAAUAGACACAUAGAUAAGACCGGUCUCUAGUACGGUUCUCGGCACUGCUGGGCUUCGCUGGACAUGCUCGAAAGAGAUGGUUCUCCGUCCACUUGGCAGUCAUGGCAUGCUCAACUGACGAUAUCUGCCCUUCUGCUCACCGACAGCUCGUUCAUCACGCUCGCCCUUCCUCCUCCUUCAAGAGUACCUCGCGAGCCAACAUGGAUGCAAGGUCGUCAGCAUGUCGGUGGCGUGCCCCACCGCCGAGAGGAUGGCCUCGUCCGGUAAGAGGCCGCUAACAAGGCUCGGCGCGUCUCGGCGGGCUCGGCGCCGCCUCAACACGGCUUCUCAGUGGGCGGGCACGUUGAAAUGGAUCCGAACCGACAGGGGAUCAACAGUUGGCAUGCCGUUUUACCCAUAAGCCAAGACGAGAAACGAAUAUCUUAUCUUGGACAACGCUGUUCUGCCCGUCCAUCACCUUCCUUUCCCGUUGACCCCCCAGGGCAAACCCAAUGCCUGUUAAACGUCGCAAUCCCUUGGCAGAUGCGGGCCUGGACAUGGCUACAAUCGCACCUUCCAAAAGCAAGCCCAUGAUUGCUGACGUUCUGGGCUGCUCCCGUAGUGUAGAGUGGCAUUCAUGAGUGCCACCGCCUCCAAGGUAACGCCGGGUGGUGGUGGUCGUUGAUCGGACCAUGGUAUACCAUAUCAGGAGGUGGGGCGACCUCUUAGUACAUAUCCUGCCUGCAACCCCCGAACCAGAACCUUGGGAUCUUUUGUUCUUGCGCGUUGAGGUUCUGCCACUACUCCAUAACCACCUCCGUCCCCCCCCCGCCCCCACCUUCACCAGCACCCUCCUCUCACAUAGCACAACUCCAGACUACAUCAACAGCCAUGUCGGAGAAGCAUGAGCACGAGACGUCCAAGGACGUCUCGGCUGAGGGCAUCCAGCAGUCCUCUUCUUACCCGAGCCAGAAUGAGGAGCCCAUGUUCGAAAGAGAUCCCAACCGCAAGUGGUGGCACGGCAUCAAGGAACCUGGCCAUGCGCUCCAAAUCGUGACGGCCGCCAUCUUGGCUAUCGCCAUUGGCAUGGCUGUCACCUCCACGGUUGGCAGCAAAAACAUUCCCCAGGCGGCUACUGUUAUUGUCGGUAUCCCAGGUGUGCUCUGGUUGCGUGCUCUCAGAGCUGUUGUGCUUCCCUUGAUUAUCUGCGCCAUGAUUCUCGCUGUUCAAAAGUUGAGGGAAAUGUCCACGGGCGGUGGUGCUGUGGUUGCAAAGUGGUCCGUGUCAUACUACGUGCUCACGACCCUGCUCGCCAUUGUGCACUCAACUAUUGCAGUGGCCGUCGGUUGGAUCCGUCUCAUGCAGGUUAUGGAUGACGAAUCUCUGGAGGUUACCGAUCAGGAUGACCAGGACAUGAUCAAGGAGAGAACUGAGACCAAGAUUCACGACGUUGUCAAGCAGAUGUUUGAGUCCUUCAUCCCUCAAAAUGUUGUCAAGUCGCUCGCCGAAGACGGUCUCCUCGCCAUCCUCGUCACCUCCGUCAUCGUUGGAUACCUUCUGAAGCCCAACUCGCCGCUCCUCAAGGUCAUCAAGGAGAUUGAGGAGCUCAUUACCAUCAUCAUCACCUGGUUGAUCAAGGCUGCGCCUAUUGGUGUUUUCUUCCUCAUCCUGCCCAACCUCUUCAGACUCGACAUUGCCAGUAUCGCCCAGAACUUGGGUGUCUUGAUUGGCUCUUCGCUUGUCGGCAUGUUCUUCCACCUGUUUGUAGUGUUGCCGCUCCUCUUCUUCAUCGUCCUCCGCCGCAACCCUUACAGCUACUGGAUGAAGCAGUCGCCUGCCUGGAUUACUGCCUGGGGUACUGCUUCCAGUGCCGCUACGCUCCCGGUCACCAUGAAGUGUGCCAAGCGCACUGGUAUCCCCGAUGGUCUUGCCAAGUUCACCCUGCCCCUGGGUUGCUUGAUCAACAUGGAUGGUACUGCUAUUUACUUCCCGGCUGUCGUUGUCUUCCUUGCCGCCACUCAGGGCCACGAGCUUACCGGUGCCGACUAUGUCAUCAUCGUCCUGCUCUCCACCCUUGCCUCGAUCGGAACCACGCCCAUUCCUAGCUCGUCUCUCGUCUUGACCGUCAUGAUUGCCACCAGUGUCAACGUCGAGAUCACCGGCAUGUACGCCGUCGUUGUCGCCAUCGAUUGGUUCAUUGACCGCUUCAGAACCGCCGUCAACGUGAGCGGUGAUCUGUUCGCUGCUCCCAUUAUCCAAAAGCUCGCCAAGGUGGAGGACGAUGGUGUUGUUUCGGAGGAAGAGGGUGUUGUCGUUACCGACAACAACGACCGCGUGUAGAGUGCCGGUCGAUUGUAUGUGUUACGAAUUGUCAGACGAAGCGUUGGAGUAAUAAGUAGCUUUUUUUUUUUUUUUUUUUUUUGGGGGCGUGUUUGGUUAUAGUUGAUGAUACCAUGGUGCCACGGCACCGCUUGAUUUACCAUACAACUCGUACUUCUCUUUAUGCACCCGAUUAUUCUUGCUACCUUGACAUUUUCACGAGUCCGCCAGCCGGAUUACCACCGACACAAACAUUGUCUCUUUUUGAUUCCGAAGCCGCCAAUAAAGGCAAUUAUCGCUCUGUUACACAGCGCAUAUUACUUCCGAUAUCUGCAUGCCGUUCGCCG